AUGGAAUACUUCCGGUGUGUUGGCCUAAACGACUAUCUAAGUACCCAUGUUUCUCUGUUGGAUAUCUAUGUGUAUUUGGGUGCCACUAUGAAUUCUGAAGAAUUCCGGAGACAUGGUAAGGAGAUGGUAGAUUUUGUUGCGGAUCUUUGGGAAAAUCUACGUGAGAGACAAGCAUUGCCAGAUAUCAAACCGGGAUAUGUCAAAGAAGUCGAAAUUCAGGUACCUGAACAUCCACCCAGUGAUCCAGAAGAAUGGGAGACGAUCUUCAAGGAUUUGGAGUCAGUCGUUAUGAAAGGUAACCAGGUUUCCGAAAAUUCCGGUCCAGCAAUGACGGAACUUGAAAUGGCAACGCUGGAUUGGCUAGUGGACGUCCUCGGUCUUCCGGAACAUUUUAAGAAUACUGCCAGUGAUGCCACCUUGAUCGCUAUCCUCACAGCAAGGGCUAGAGCCGUAGAAGCGGUGAAGAACGAGUCAACAUCAUUUCUGUCUUGGAUGGCCAAUACAGAGUUCGGAAAAUCCGUGAAGAGUGUUCUAGCCAAAGUACGUCAGAAUUCGAAUACGGAGGACGAAUCUGGUAUAAUAACUCCCUACUUCCAUGAUCCAGUAGUAUUCGAAAAAUUGGUCGCUUAUUGUUCUGAUCAGGCCCAUUCAUCAGUCGACAAGGAUGUAAUGUUAUGUGGUGUGAAACUACGAAAGUUACGAAGCACAAUCGAUCCCCAAUUGAAGAACUACACGGUAACCAAGGAUACCUUAGAGACGGCUAUAAAGGAAGAUCGCGCUAGGGGAUUGAUCCCGUUCAUAAUGAUUGCCACCAUCGGAACGACAUCAUCAUGUGGAAUGGAUCGACUAGAUGAAUUAGGACCAAUUUGUAAUCGUGAGCAUAUCUAUCUGCAUGUUGAUGCCGCAUACGCAGGCUCUUUUCUUAUUUGCCCUGAGUUCCGCUAUUUGUCAAAAGGAAUGGAAUUCGUGGAUUCGUACAAUUUUAACGCACAUAAGUCAAUGCUCAUAAACUUUGACUGUUCGCCUAUGUGGUUCAAAGACGGUGUUACCGCAACGAAGUACUUCAAUGUCGAUCCAGUAUAUCUGAAGCAUGAACAUCAGGCAGUAGCAGCGGAUUACAGGCAUCUUCAAAUAGCGCUUGGACGAAGGUUCCGUGCUCUCAAGAUAUGGUUUGUAUUGCGCCGUCUUGGAGUCAGAUACAUUCAGAAGGUGUUACAGUUGGUUAGUAGGUCACUCGUUUUCAGCUCGGACUUUUUCAAAUGUAUCAAAUAG